CCCACACGUACAUACAUACCUACUACCAGCGAGCCCGACCGGGCUCUGACGUUGGGCUGUGCUAAUAAUGUGCUGGCAGCUAGUCAGACGUCGGCUAGGCGAUGACUUGUUGGAUUUCCUUCUUCUGCUUCUUCGCCUGUUCUCUUGAUGCCGCCGCCAACGGCCCCAACGGUCCGCCUGCCCAACGAGCCAGCGCUCGACCUUUGCCCACCCCGUCCUUCCAGAACAUUUCCUCUUCGGCCUUUCUCUGCCUCCCCUGCGUCAUCGCGGCCGAGGAGCGGUCGUGGCGGUGAGAGAGCCGCUCUGUCUGUGCUGCAGAUCCAAUCCUCCUCCCCCUGCUGCGGCCAGAUUUUCACGGCACCACCCGCGAUUCUCGCUCCUAGACCCUCUGGCUCGGGGUGGCGCCCGGGAAGCAGGGGUCCAGCGAGCCAUCAUCGGUCAUGCGAUGCGACAAAACCAUACGUAGUACUUAUGUACAUACGUCUCUCGCCAGCUCACCUCCAGCUUGCCCUCACCGUCUUCCGUGACGGGCCGUUUCAGACAGACCUGGACAGCGCACGCCCGCAUCCUACCACCUCCCAUCUUCGGUGCCACACAUACGCCACAAACUCACGCACCAGCUUUGGGCGUCCGGUAGCGGCGUCGACUCCAGCUCCGUCAAGCCCGUGCUGCCGGCAAGAUAUCGAGGGGGAUAUGGUUGUGGGCAGUGGUGGCCGUGGAAUGACCAACGCACCAAAGGAAGCCAACGGAAGAAUUGCGCGAGACGCACCGUUACCUCCAUAUCGGUCGGACCGUCAUGGUAUCUGGGUGCAUUUUCAAGCACACAGUAUGGAGAUCAUCCGCUCAGAUGAAUGCCACGACACGGUUAAGAGUAGAGGUGGACCAGCUACAUAAAUGGGAGAAAACCUAACAGUUCAAUUGCCCGUCGUUUCACACAAGGACAGUACGGCCAGGUCCCUCUACACACUACAUCACGCACGACUCAACUUCAAGACAUUAUGCAUGCAUGCAUAGGCUAUGUUGAUUAACAAAAGUGAAGAGAAUCUCGAAGGAAACUAAAGACGAUCCUAAGAUCAUCCUACGAAAGGAGUAUUCUUGGUAAACAAAAAAGAGAA